UCGAUGUUCUCCCACCUCUAAAAAACAAGCGGAAAAGUUAACUUCUGCAUACUUGCUCGAAAAGUAAACAAUUAUACAUAAUUAAUUAGCAAAAACUUUCAAGAUGGGUACACCUCGCAGGGGGUUCAACAAUUUCCCGCCAUACUCCCAGGGAAUGGGACAAUAUCCAUCACAGGGCUCGGAUUAUAUGUUGCAGCAUGUUGGUGGAAUGCAAGAACCACAACAAACCAAUUUCAGCUUCUACGAGGACAAAACUGCUCAGCCAAAGCCAAGUACACCACAUUUCUAUCAGAACAAGGCGCCCCAGGAGCAGAUGCACCGACCCCGGCAGCAACAACAACAGCCGUACGGUCAGGGCCGUGGUCGGAACUUUGGUCGUGGAGGAGGAGGGGGCUUCAAUCGCAGGCCCAACCACCACUUCAAGGAUCAGGGCUCGCAAUACUUUCAUCCCUCCAUGCUGGAGGAUCCUUGGCGCGACUUGAUGGACCGCCACAAUGCCAUCCACGCGCCCGUGGGGGAGGAACAAGAAUGGGGGGAUAGAAUGUAGCUAGUUUGUAACAUGUUAUAUAUUAAGCAACAGUUUCCAAUAAAAAGAAACUCGUUUGUA